UGUUGAGGUAGUUAUGAGUUUUAAACAUCUGCGUGGAAUUCAACGCAAAAUUUGCUCAGAAACUGAAAUAGUAUUUGCACAAAAUUAAUGAGUGAUUGUCCAAUUGUGAAAAAGUCUAUUAUAUUAGCUCAAAUUUAUGAAGAUCCACCAACUUAUCGUCACCUUUUUUUGUUUGAAGCUUAAGGGUUAAAUAUUGCAAUGAAAACUGCUGUCUGCUUCUCACCUAAAAACUCCGACUUGGAAAAGCAAUUAAUUCAUCGUUUUCUUACUCUGUUUCCAUCUUAGAAUUGACUUCUAUUCUGACUUUGCUUCUGAUCUGCAUUAACGACUCUUUAUUUUCUCUUUGUUUUUCGUUAUGGUAGUUUUCUAUAAAAAGAACACUUAAAAAAAGGUUAAAUUGACAAAUAAUAAAAAAAACUUAAGUUUCUUUUUUAUCUGACUGUGUGAUUGUUAUUUUACCCCGGUACACUCGGGACCACCAUUUCCCUUCUUCUCUUCUCUAUUUAUAUUAAAAUUAACUUCAACAGGAUGUUAUUGAUUUUAAUGAGAUUCAAAGAAUCGACUAUUUGUUAUUGGGAUCACUUUACGUAUCGUUGUUUGAAGCGCAUGACUUCAGCUGUGAAGCAAUAAUCCGUUGCUUCGCAUAGUUCCAUCGCUUAAGCAACAAAGUGAUAUCUUUUAGUACACUGGAUAAUUGAAUGCUUCUUUAAUAGAAAUACUAUGUUAAUCUUUGCAUAAUGUAUAGAUAUUACUAACUUACCACAUUUAUCUAAGUUCAUACAUGUAAUAUUGGAGCUAAUGAAAACCUUCCUUUAUUGUAAUUUGCAGUACAUUCUAACAACUAUUAAGACACAUCAUGAUUACUAUUAAUAACCACUUGAUAGAUUUUAAAUGGCAAUACUUCUUAGUAUAACUAUCUAGUAUCCGGAACCUAUUGGCCUGAUCCAGAUGCACACCGUAUAGGACCAUUUAAGGGGAAAACGCUCUUUACCAAGGAUUUCUCCGUUCCCGAGACGCAACCCCGAGAUCUCUAGUUAAAUGUUGAGGGAUCUCAUAAAUCCCACUACACCAGUCGUGCAAUCCAAUUACUUAAAGAAAAAUUGAUAUCUGUUUAACAAUAAUUUAAUUUCUUACCUAAGCGGUAUAAUCUUAUUAAUUUUUUCUGGUUAGGAUUAUGUAAUAAGUUCUACUUAUUCACUUGACUACCACAUUUUGGUAACUAGUUUUUGAAAUUAAUUAGUUGACAAAGCGGAAAAAAUGUUUGACCUUCUGACUGUAUGUGGUACCCUCAGGACCACCACUGUCUCUCUUCUUCUCUUCUCUAUUUAAAUUGAAUGAUUUGCUCUUCUUUCCUUACGCUUUUGCAUUGUACUAUCCUCUCUUCAAGCUACUUAGAAGCGCCUUACAAAGUUUCCACCUUUCAUUUCUCACCUUACCUCAACUCAAUUCUUUCACUCUCUUACUUCAAUUCUCUCUCUGUAUUCUUCUGUCGGUAAUCCAAGUAGGAUUUGGUUCUUGAGACUCUUUCUUCAUCUUUCCCGGUUGUUCUUGCCCGAACCUUCUUUCUCUUCUCUAUUCUGUGGUUAAGAAGCACUUUGUUUUCGUGAUCACGGGCAGUUUGGAGGCUCGACACUCACUUGAACUUGUCGUUCCUGAUUACAUGGCUAAGAAAGGUUUCCAUCAGACGGGUAAGGUAAUUGCCAGAGAAAUAAUUGCUAAUCCAAAUCCUGUUGCUAUUAAUGCUCCGGAAGGAUUUCUGUUAGAGUGGUGGAAUAUAUUUAAUGAAAUACUCAGCUCUAGCUUCCUUGAGGUUGCUCUACUCGCUGCCGAAUCCUUCAAUAAGGUUGAGCAGACAGUGGAUGCUAUUGUGCCUAAAAUCAAUCCUGAAAAUUCGACUUAUGUUCCUAAUCAUAUUGUGCCGAAAUGUAAACCACUUGUGCGCGAUGACAAAUUAAUCAAACAUGACGUGGUUGGCACAUAUGAACCUCCCAAUGGAGUGUACAUGGUCACUCGAAUAGGAGUUAGUUACCUGUCAGAACGUGAGAGCCCUUCCAACUUUGGGAACAACAGGUCUCUCCAACAAGCAUCUCAUCAAGGAUGGCCAUCUGUUGAUAAUGUAGCAGUUCAAACAUUGGAUAUGCUCAAACUUCCUGCCCCUGCAAGUUCUGGUGAUUUCUUUAGUAUGCUCACUCAAGCUGACUCGAGUGGAAAAGAUGCAGGAAUGCUUGGUGAUAGAAAUCAAAGAACCUCGGAGAAUUUACCAGCUGACCAGCAAAUAAUGGCUCCUAUAGGAGGUAUUAUGAAAAUUUCUGGAAAGCAACCUGCAGUGCCGAGUAGCAGAAAGAGGAAAACUCUAUUGAGUUCUGUGGCAUCUAUUGGGAAAGAGAAAGCUACUGUUGCUGGUAUUGCAAAGGACAAUACUAAAAGCUACUUCCCCCAAGGAGAUGCUGGUCUGGCUAGUGCAAGUAAUUCGAUCUAUGCUUUGAGGAAAAGAGCUGAUUUCAACCUUAUUACUUGCACUGAACAGUUCUGUCAAAAGUAGAUGUUGCAGACACCAUUAAUUUACCUCAUCGGAACCAAUCACUAACACUUGAGAGUGCCCAGGGCAGAAAGUGCACGACUGGAACUUAUUGCCACCAGAGAACAGUUCAAUAAUACACUUUCCUUCACUAACAGACCAUAUUCGUGCACUAUCUUCGCACACGGAUGCCAGUUAAUUCCCACUCAUAUCCCAGUAAAUUGAACGAACGUCUUUGACGUGUCCCUAUAAAUCAAAGAAAACGAAAUCACAUUGAUACAUUAUAGUAAUGCAACAAAUAAGAAAUUCAAAACAAGCUUGAUCGAUGAUCAAGAAGAAGAAUCUUACUUUUAACUUUUUUUUUUUGGAUGUUGUUAGUCUCGAGAUCAAAGAUAUUUAUAAUAUUUCCGGUAGAACUUGCCAAAAAGUCCCCAAGUUGAGGUUGAAAUCUAACUUGUCUACUACCUCCCUGCAUUUGUACCAAGAGCUAAGCAAUACCGGGUGGUAGUAGACAAGUUAGAUUUCAACUUCCUUGGGGACUUUUUGGCAAGUUCUACCGGAAAUAUUAUAAAUAUCUUUGAUGUCGAGACUAACAACAUCCAUAAAAA